AUGCUUCAUUAUGUCAGGUUAUUUUAAAAGGGAAAAAUACACCGUUAGAACAGAAAAUCUCAGGUAAAUAAUCUAAGACCACACGCGGGAUCCUCUUUUACAGCCGCUGAAAUUAUGGCAGGUGUUGUUACUUUGUGUCCUUGAUGGAUUAUUAACUAAAGUGAACUAGCCUUUAUAGUCAGUUGUAAGUAUUAGACCACUGCUAAGAGUGUUGUCAGAGGAAGACUUGACUGAUAGUUGAAGCAGCGAAGCUGGAAGCAGCAGAGCGUUAAAACUCGAAUCAGAAAUCUUCGGGAAUAGGUUCCUGUUAUUUGCUGAACACUUGAGGGGAGACUGAUUUUGCUCUUAGUAAACAGGAUAUUUAGGACUGCUGAACUUGACCAUGGUUGGUACCGGAGGGCCAGUGGCCACCUUCUCUGUGUGGGAUUAUGUGGUGUUCGCUGGGAUAAUUUUGGGGGCAGCCGGCAUCGGUCUCUUCCAGGCCAUCCGAGGUCGAAAGGAGACCAGCAGUGCAGAGUUCUUGUUGGGUGGGCGGCAAAUGACAGCCGUACCGGUUGCCAUGUCGCUCACAGCCAGCUUCAUGUCUGGCAUCACAGUCAUCGGGAGCCCGGCUGAGGCUUACCGGUUUGGAGCUGAAUACUGGAUUUUUGGUUUCUCCUAUGCCAUCAUGUCUGCCAUCGCUGCUGAGAUUUUCGUCCCACUUUUCUAUCGACUGGCGAUUACCAGUGCCUACGAGUACCUGGAGCUGCGCUUCAGCCGACCAGUGCGGAUAAUUGGGACCACAAUGUACAUCGUUCAGACGGCGCUGUACACAGGCUUAGUCAUCUAUGCUCCAGCUCUUGCACUAAAUCAAAUCACCGGACUUGAUCUGUGGGGUGUGCUCGUGGCUACUGGAGCAGUGUGCAUCGUCUACUGCACUCUGGGGGGUCUGAAAGCAGUAAUCUGGACAGACGUGAUACAGAUGGUGAUCAUGCUGGUUGGUUUCGUGGCUGUUAUAGCCAGAGGAGCUGUGUUGCAGGGAGGCCUGACAAAGAUUUGGGAAGAUGCCGAGAAAGGAGGGCGACUAUCUGUGUUUGACUUCGACCCAAAUCCUCUGAAGCGCCAUACUUUCUGGACCAUAGUAGUGGGUGGAAGCAUAAUGUGGUCGUCUAUCUACGCAAUCAACCAGUCCCAGGUGCAACGCUACAUCUCCUGCAAAACCUUAGGACACGCCAAGAUGUCUUUGUAUGUGAACAUGGUUGGCUUGUGGGUAACGGUGACUCUGGCUAUGCUUGCUGGCCUCACCAUGUACUCCAUUUACAAAGACUGCGACCCAUUUUUAAACGGUGAUAUAACUACCUCUGACCAGAUGCUGCCCUACCUUGUGAUGGAUAUUCUGGCAGACUACCCUGGAAUCCCUGGCCUGUUUGUGGCUGCAGCAUAUAGUGGUACUCUAAGCACAGUGUCUUCCAGCAUUAAUGCUCUCGUCGCCGUCACGAUGGAAGACUUCAUCCUUCCAGCGUGCAAAAACCUCACACAGAAGCAAACACACUGGAUGAACAUGGGCCUGAGUGUACUCUUUGGAGCGCUGUGUAUUGGGAUGGCUGGAGUUGCUUCGCUGAUGGGAAGCGUACUGCAGGCAGCUCUGUCCAUAUUUGGCAUGAUUGGGGGGCCUCUUCUCGGCCUCUAUCUGUUAGGCAUGCUUUUCCGCACAUCAAAUUCAACAGGGGGACUCGUGGGGCUGGCCGUUGGUCUAGUGUUGACCCUGUGGGUGGGGAUUGGAAGCCAAAUUUACCCACCAACAAGUGAAAGUACAGAUCCUCUCGAAGUCAGCAUUGAAGGAUGCAACCGCACUACGGGCCUUAACUACACAACAGCAGCCCCCUGGACCACUCCACAACCCGACAACAGGCCAUCUCUAGCAGACUCCUGGUACUCCCUGUCCUACGUCUACUUUUCUGUGUUGGGCACACUGGCCACAAUAGUGAGUGGCCUGCUAGUGAGCAUGAUCACAGGCGGAUGCAAACAAGAGAAGCUGAACUCUGAUCUGUUCGUGAGGAAGAGUGAUUUGAUCUGCUUCAGCUGUGGCAGUAAAUCAGAGGCAUCAGACAUCACAGAGAAGGGAGCGACAGACUUUCACAUGGGAGUCGACAACCACGCGUUCUCAGACUUCAAAGUGACAAGCAAAGAGGGUGAAACAUUCACAAAACUGUAAAACAGACAGACAGACAGAUAGAUAAGUUAUAUAAUAAUAUAUACAUAUACAGCUGCUUUGCAAACAAGCAACUGUAAAUCCAUUAUCAGUAGUUGCAUAUUUAUACCGAUAUUAGUUAUUACUCUUUAUAUAAAUGUUUUUUUAUUAUUAUUUUUUAAAAGCUGGUAGUGAGAGUCUGAAUCUGCAUAUUUAUGUUGCUAAUUUAAGUACGUCAACAACAGAAGAGCUGAAGGAAAACGUUCUGUUUGUGGUAGAAUAAAAUGUUUGCGGUUCGGUUUGUGUAGAACAAUCACAACUUCCUAUUUACUGGGGAUGUGGCAACAUUGUGUAACUUUUAUUGCUCUUUCUUCAACUGUUCAUGAGCAUUGUCAUUACAUGUUGCUGCCCACACUGAGAUACUGUUUAUUUGUUUAUUAUGUUGUUUUAUAUUGAAAUUGUGUAAUCGAAUAUGAAAACCUAUACUAACUGCCAAAUUCUACUUGCCAAGAAUAAUAAAAAAAGUUCAAGUUUAA